ACUCUCAUUUAACCUGCCAUUUAAAAUUCUUCUCCAUUAUUUCUUGUCGUUUUCCUUGUACAUUUUGCAUGAAUCAUUUUAGUGGCCUAAUUACAGAAUAAUAUUUACAUAUAGGAUGGGUUACAUUGUUUUCACAGAGGCGGUGGGUGUGUCUGUGGGUGUGGGUUUAUGUCGUGUGUUGCGGGUUUAGUUCUACUUUUGUUGAAGACGGUGUCGUUUUGAUCGAUGAUGCGAUCCAAAUUUCGUGGACAGAUGAAGAUUUCAUAUGUGCCACGUUGGAUUGGUGGCCUCCUGAAAAGUGUGAUUAUGGAAAAUGUAGUUGGGGAUCUGCUUCUUUGCUUAAUGUGGUUCUCUCUUCUCCCUCCAUUUCUCUCUUUCAUGUUUAUAUGAAUUACUUUUUCUCUUUAUGUGUAACUCUCCCUUUCUCUCUUUCCUGUUUAUAUGCAUUAAUUAAUUUAUCUCUUUGUAUGUAACACAUGAAUAAAUUAAAACUGGUUGCUCGAUCUGAAUUUAUUUAUAUAUUUUAAUUUUGAUCUCAUAGUAUGAUCUACUAAUUAAUUUAUAUAUGUAUUGCAACUUUUGUACUCAAUGUUGUUGGGGCGUCUUUAUUAAUACAGGAUCUCAAUAACUCAAUCUUCUUUAACGCGGUUAAAGCGUUUUCACCAUUGAAGAUCAAGUUGGGUGGCACUUUGCAAAACAAAGUUUUCUAUCAGACUACACACAACCAGAGAAAAUGCUUUCCUUUCAAAAAAGAUGCAUUGGAGAUGUUUGGUUUCACAGAAGGAUGCCUUUCGGUGAGUAGAUGGGACGAGCUAAAUUUGUUUUUCGCCAAAUCUGGUGCUCUCGUUAUCUUCGGAUUAAAUGCUCUUCGUAGAAAAACAAUAUACAACAAUAAGGCAACCGGCCUUUGGCAUUUCAUGAAUGCUGCAUCUCUUAUACAAUACACAAUUGAAAAGGGUUACAAGAAUAUCUAUGGUUGGGAAUUUGGUAACGAGUUGAGUGGAGACAAUGAAAUAGGAGUGGAAAUUGAUGUUGUUGAGUAUGCCUAUGAUACCAUUGCUCUACACCAAUUAAUAAAAGAUUUAUACAAGAAUGUUACGAUGAAGACACCACUAGUGAUGGCACCCGGAGGAUUCUAUGACAAGAACUGGUAUUAUUACUUCUAGCUCGCUACUCUUUAACAUGUCCGUGCGGGUGAUGUAACUUAAUAAUAAUAAAUUAUAUAAGUUGAACAUGUGCGAGCGGGUGAUGCCAUGCUUUUGUAUUUUCUAAGAGUAAACGAGAUGGUAGAACAUAAGAGAGGCGGGUCAAAUAAAUUCUCGUGGCCGAGUUCUUGUGAAACCAAGCACGGAUUUCAACAACCACCAAGAGAAGAGAUAAGUCUUUACGAACCAAGGCCAAAUACUCGACCUCCGCGUAUACGAAAAUGUCUGUGGAGCACGUCGAAUCAAUCCUAAUCAUCAUAUGCAUUAUCUUGGAUGUGUAGUUAUUAAUCUCAAGUAUCGAGAGUGUAAUGCAAAUUUUAA